AUGAGGCUGAUUGUUAGCGACCCACGUGGCGAUUACCAUUUGACACAAAAUCCCAUCUCACUACAGCCACGCAUCGUGAGGAGAGCCAACAGUUCACUGCGCACAUGUCUCGAAAGCUAUCGGGAUCUCUGGACCAGGGGAAAAUGCCACAACAAGUAUCCCAUCGUAAUCCCCAUCACCACAAUGCAUCGUGAUCCACACACACGCCCACGGUGCAAUAUGACAGGCGGUGAAAACUUCUCGUAG